AUGAAUUCGGGUUCGCUUCUAGUCGCGGUGGAUUAUACGCGCCAUGAUCUAUUCGUUAUUGCCCCGGAAGCUUUGAUCGAAAAUAUAGUCAAACCGCUCUACGCCAGGGCGCCUCCAGCCGUGUUGCCUCUUCGUCUGACGAAGGAGGACGGCAGUGUUGUUUUCGUGGGCUGCUUAACACAGAAGCCCCAUCAGCAGGGCAAACAUAAACUUUUCUUUUCACACACUAUGGCGAGCGACCUCGGACUGCGCGAGAAUGAUCAAGUUAACUGCACAUCACUACUCAACGUCCCCCUUGCGACUAAAGUUUUCGUAUCCCCACUCACCGUCGACGACAGCGAGGUGGUAGAACAAAAUGCCAUGCGCAUUGAAAACCAGCUGCUCCGUAACGUGCAGGUGGUCUUUCCUAAUAUGAUCAUCACGACAACCCUUUAUGCCGGUGCGCAUGCAAAAGUUAUCGUACAAAAGAUCGAGGAGGGUGACGAAAGGGAAAUCACUCAGGGGUGUGCCUCCAUGUUUGAAGGUACACACUUCAUCGUAGCUGUCCGCCCUCGUCAAGACCUAAACAAGGACGAUCAGGAGCAGUCGCAGCGUCCACGAUGGGGGUUCCUUCGAUGCAGCCCAAUGCUCCGCGGCGGCAGUCUGGGCAGCGACGGCCUCCAUCCACCGGACGGCGACGCCUCGCAAGGAGUGGUUGCGGUUCAUCCAAGCACCGCGGAACGUUUCUGCUGGGGAGAUCUGAAACACGACAAGUUUAGCGCGCUUGAUUUGCAAACGCUAUCUACGUUGGAGGACACCAAACUCACCCCUUCCUUCCUGCGAGCUCACAAGGAAAAGGUCCGGGUGGUUCUAGACGAGUCGGUUCCGCAUGACGGACGGGUUGCGAUAGCGUACGCCUCGUUUGUGGAUCAGGCCACCACUGUGUUGGUGAUGCCUGAGGACGCUGAGAGCGGGGCAGGCACGGCGGCGCUGAAUGAAUCCCCAGAAGCCCAACCACGCCCCUCCGAGCUGCCACCGUCGGAGGCUGGUUUGAGUGUGGAACAACUCAGCGAGGUGCACGGGGAUGUGCCUUGUGAGUUGCGGGACCACCUCCGCUGCGUCUUUGAGCACCCCCAACGCGCAGGUGGGAAUGUGCUCUUGUGCGGCGGGAAAGGCUGCGGGAAGACCACGGUGGUUUCGUGCGUCCUGAAGGCACUCCCCAACGUGCACGCGGUUGUGGUGGAGUGCACCGCCGGCAAGCAAUUUUCACCCAAGCUGCACGCUGCUCUUGUGGAAUGUGUUCUAUGUGCGCCCUCGGUGCUGGUCUUGGAUGGCUUUGACACCAUUGCUCCAGAGCAAAAGGAGACCAACGUGCAAGCGAUGACUGCAGCCACGAAAGCCACACUGGAGGCUUUUCUCACGACGAACUCAACUCUUUUAUCUACUGCCGCACACAAACGUGUGGUGAUUGUGGCCACCUGCACAAACCGCGAGGCAAUCAACACUUGCUUUCGCUCAGCGGCGUGUUUUGAAAAGUUUAUUGUGCUGAAUGCCCUCAACAGAAAUUCUCGUCAUGCCCUCCUCAGGCAGCUUUUUCCAAAAGUGACUGAGGAACACGUUGGCAAGAUGGCGGCGCUGAUGGAUAACUAUACCCCUUUCGACGUCAAGCAAGUGUCGUUUCGGAUCAAAAACAAGCUCGGCUCCGCGGGCUACAAGGAAGGGGAUGACUCCUUCGUGGGACACGUGGAGCAGGCGGUUUCCACCUUCACACCCCUCGCACACACCGGCAUCAAAUUUCUCAAGGGUGAAAAGCAGAACUGGGCUAGCAUUGGUGGCCUCUCCGAAGCUAAGAAGGUUCUCUAUGACACGCUUGUUCUGCCCAUGAAGCAUCCAAACCUGUUUGCUCGCCUCCCGCUUAAGACCCGCAGUGGUAUCCUACUCUAUGGGGCGUCAGGCUGUGGCAAAACGUUCAUCGUUGAAGCCUUGAUGAAUGCAGAAAAUAUCAACUGCAUCGUUGUCAACGGGCCCGAGGUGUUUGGUAAGUAUAUCGGGCAGAGUGAACAAAAGAUUCGUGAUGUUUUUGAGCGAGCCCAGGCUGCGGCGCCGUGCGUUGUGUUUUUUGACGAGUUUGAUUCUAUAGCGCCCCAACGUGGGAUAGACAACUCCGGCGUGACGGACCGUGUUGUGAACCAGCUCCUGUGCUACUUGGAUGGUGUUGAGGGGCGCAAAGACGUGUAUGUGGUCGCCGCGUCGAGUAGGCCUGACUUGAUUGACGCGGCGCUGCUGCGCCCAGGACGACUGGAUAAGGCGGUGGCCUGCCCGAUUCCAUCUCAUUCUGACAGACUUUCAAUUCUAAAGAACCUAUUCGAAAAAUUGUCCGUCACCUUUGACGAUGCCACACUCAAUCAUUUUGCCACGCUGACAGUCAACUGGACGCCGGCCGACCUGACCGCAAUGGCGUCGACGGCCAACUCCCUAGUCAGCCAGCGUAUUAUCUCGACCCUAAGCGCCAACGCUGCGGUGGCACAUGAUGACCUGCAGGGGCAUGAUGGAUCAAGCGAGUUCUUUGUAGCACACGUCGGCCAAAACACUUCUCGUGACAAGGUGGUUGACUCGAUCAGACGUGCAAUCCAGGGACAGCGCAAUGUAACCUCUCAUCUCAAUAUCAAGGAGGUGUUGUCGAGCAAGGACGUCCUUGAAGCCAUCGCGUCAACCCGGCCAUCGCUUUCGGAAAAGGACAUCCUCAAGCAGAAGAGGAUCCAUGAUAUCUUCAGUAAAAAAUCGCCCGCUUCACCAGUUGAAGCUGGAUCAAAAUUAACCUAUUGUUAA